AUGGUAGCGACGGCUUCGAUCUCGCCGUGCCCACUCUGUAAAUCGGCCCACUUCUUGAAUAAGUGCCCUCAAUUCAUGCAGAAGAGUCCGAGCCAGAGAUUAGAGAUCGCGAAACAGCAUCAACGAUGCGUGAAUUGCUUCAGUUCAAAGCACGCCGUCUCCGCAUGUCCAAGCCGUUUUUCAUGUCGUCAUUGUCAAAAGCGACAUCAUUCCAUGCUCCACCUCGACUCGGUCUCUUCCGCUACUGCGACCGUUAGUGCAUCCAAUUCCGAAGCCCCGGCGUCGAUCAAGUCCGAUGAAUCUCCGAAAACAGUGGCAUUAUGCGCGAUGUCGGCAAAUCUCGCUCGACCGCCGGUAGUCCUCGCCACUGCACGCGUGUCCGUCGGAUCUCUCGCUGGUCGUCAAGUCGUUGCACGAGCAUUGAUCGACACCGGAGCGGAACUCACGCUCAUUGCAGCUCAUUUAGCGAAGAAAUUAAAACUGCGUCGAUUCAUACUGCCUACCGCCUUGUCCGCCGUCGGCGACCUUGACGCGGGCAUACAUCGUUACGCCGCGCACGUUAAAAUCUCACCGAUCGACGGGAUCGAGCCGCCGGUCAUUACCACAGCGACGAUUCUAAGUUCGCUUGCUAGUUAUUCGUCAGCGUCUAUUCAAUCUCCUCUUCAAUGGGAUCAUCUCGCGGAUCUCACUCUCGCAGAUCCAAAUUCUUCAAACUCAGAUCCCAUUGAUCUAAUAAUCGGAGCUGACAUCUACGCAGAUAUAAUGCGAGAUGGGGUUCGCAGGGGAGCUCGCGGUCAACCCAUUGCCCAGGAAACGAUCUUUGGCUGGAUCGUUCAGGGCCGCACGCCUCUGUCGAAUUCGUCCUGUCGGACCGUUACGGUGCAACAUUGUACGAUCGCAGAAUCCGUCUCACUUAAUAGCGAAUUGAGAAGAUUCUGGGAAAUCGAGGAAAUUCCGAGGCACACGAUACUCAGCCCGGAAGAGCAGAGAUGCGAGAAUCAUUUCUUAACCUCUCAUUCGCGCACUCCCGCCGGUCAGUACGUUGUUCGUCUGCCAUUCAAAAAUGGUCCUCCCAUCGAUAUUGGUACCUCACGCGAUAUAGCGGAGCGAUGCCUCAAGACUUUGCUACGCCGUCUUCAAGCCAAUUUCGAUUUGAAAAGGGAGUACUCAGACUUCCUCCAAGAAUAUGAAAAACUCGGGCACAUGCGCAAGGCUCCAGAAUCUUCAGAAUCUUCUCAAUUCGUCUAUAUUCCGCACCAUCCCGUAAUACGCGACAGCAGUGCGACGACUCGAGUACGAGUCGUAUUCAACGCGUCGAGCCCCACCUCGAAUUCUUGGUCACUUAAUGACCACCUUCUCGCGGGACAAAAAUUGCAAACGGACUUGGCUGCGGUGCUUUUACGCUGGCGACAGUAUCGUUACGUCUAUUCUGCCGACGUAGCAAAAAUGUACCGGCAGAUUCGCGUCGAUCCCCGUGACACAGACUAUCAGCGGAUCCUAUGGAUCGACGAGAACACCGGAAAAGUACAAGAGUAUCAACUCUUGACCGUGACCUAUGGUACAACUUCGGCGCCGUUCUUGGCGCUGCGAGUCUUGCGGCAGCUCAUCCAUGACGACGGUCGCGAUUUUCCUUUAGCCGUUCCCGUGCUUCAGGAGAAUAUUUACGUGGAUGACGUGCUUUUCGGCGCGGACGAGAUUUCGCUAAUUCGUUCGGUUCGCAAACAAGAUCAUGGUCUCGCUUGCAGCAAGGAUCUGCAUCCGGACGAGACAUUAAAGGUGCUCGGUAUUAGUUGGAGUCCGUCGGCUGACGCGUUUCAAUUUAGAGUCGUGCGCUCUCCCUCGCCCGCGCGAACCAAGCGCGCCAUGCUCUCGUACAUCGCUCGCAUAUUUGAUCCGUUAGGCCUAAGCACGCCCGUUACAAUCUCCGCGAAGAUUCUCUUGCAGCGGCUCUGGCAGCUCCGCGUCGACUGGGACGAUGAGGUUCCUACCGAUAUCGCAAAGCAAUGGGAAUUCGUGCAGUCGUCCUUGCUAGAACUCGAUGACUUUCACCUCCCUCGGUGGAUUCAAAAGGGAUCGGAUACGGUCGACUGCGAAAUUCACGGAUUUUCGGACGCGUCUAAUUACGCUUAUGCCGCAGCGAUUUAUAUUCGGCUCACCUCUCGCUCAGGCAACAUCACGACUGCCUUGCUAGUCGGGAAGUCAAAGGUCGCGCCGAUCAAAACAUUGACCGUUCCGCGUCUCGAAUUAUCGGCAGCCGUGUUAAUGUCGCGAUUAAUGAAGUUCGUUAUAGACGCAUUGCACGUUUCCUCCGCUCCAUGCUUUUGCUGGACGGACUCGACCCUCGUGCUGGCGUGGGUCACACAACAUCCCUCGAAGUGGAAGAUUUUUAUUUCAAAUCGGGUUGCCGAGAUUCAAACCCGACUUCCGUCCGCUUCGUGGCGAUAUGUUCCCACGGACGAAAACCCCGCGGAUUGUGCGUCGCGAGGAAUCUCGGGAAGUCAGCUCAUCUCGCAUCAUCUUUGGUGGCAAGGUCCCGCGUGGCUCAGGAUGCCUGAUUCUGAGUGGCCGACGAUGAGCGCAUCACUCCCAGACCUCGCGUUCCAGGAGAACUCGCGCGCGACAGUUCAUAUCGCUAACGUCACGGAAUCAUGGGAACUCGCGGACCGAUAUUCUUCGUGGCCAAAGCUCAUUCGAGUGAGCGCGUACGUUCUCAGAUUUAUAUCGCGGAUUCAAAGGCGUGAUGAGAUCGCUCUUCAGUCGGAAAGUCCGUCUUCCCUGACCGCCAGCGAAGUACGAGCCUCAAGAAAUUUUUGGGUGAAGUAUAUUCAGCGCCAGCUCUUCCCGCUCGAAAUACGCGCUCUCACUCAGAAUGAGUCGGUUCCUUCGAGGAGUCCACUCUUCGUGCUCAAUCCGUUCCUGGAUGAAGAGCAAAUAAUUCGGGUUGGCGGGCGGCUAUCUCAGGCUCCGAUACCCGCUCAAGCUCGACAUCCGAUAGUACUCUCACCCGCUCGUCCGCUUACUCAUAUCUCAUACUCACUUGCGCACUCUUCAUGCAGGAACGCAAUUGACCCUUGCUACCUUACGGCAAGAAUUUUGGCUGCUAAGAGCUCGAAGCACGGUCAGAUCAAUUCUACACGGGUCAGAGUGACUCCUCCCGCGCGCGCGUUCCUUCACAGCGAGCUGGACUACGCGGGUCCAGUACUCAUUCGUUCGCGAUCAGGUCGCGAAAUCGCUUCAAAAAAGGCUUAUAUCGCAUUAUUUGUGUGCAUGGCUACACGCGCUGUGCAUCUGGAACUCGUCGAAGGCUAUUCUACUCCCGCCUUUCUCGGGGCCUAUUCCCAUUUUGUCGCACGGCGAGGUCUUCCCGAGUCGAUUUACUCUGACAAUGGAACUACAUUCGUUGGAGCGGAUCGCGAACUCGCCGCCGCGUUUCGUGCAACUCUUCGGGAUCCCGAUCUGCAGAAUCGCACAGCCGCGGAUAAUGUCUCAUGGCAUUUUAUACCUCCCUCAGCUCCUCAUUUCGGGGGGUUGUGGGAGGCCGGUGUUCGUAGCACAAAACAUCAUAUUCGGCGUGUUGUGGGGGCUCAUAUUCUGACCUUCGAGGAGUUCUCAACGUUACUCUGCAAUAUCGAGGCGUGUUUAAAUUCGCGUCCAUUAGCGCCUUUUUCCGACUCGCUGGAUGACUAUACGUUCUUAACUCCAGGGCAUUUUCUCAUAGGCUCCGCGCUUAAUUCAAUCUCGGAUCCCUCGCUUUUGCAAGUAAAAGAAAAUCGGCUGACAAGGUGGCAGCUCGUUCGUCAAAUGACCGAACGUCUUUGA